CCCUGCUGAUUGCCGUCAGCACCGCCGUGGAUAAGGUUAUCGCCCACUUCAGCACCGCCCGGAACCUGGUGCAGAAGGCCCAGCUGGGCGACAGCCGGCUCAGCCCAGACGUGGGUUACCUGCUGCUGCACACCCUCUGCCCAGCGCUCUAUGCCUUGGUGGAGGAUGGGCUGAAGCCCUUCCAGAAGGAUGUUAUCACAGGCCAAAGGAAAAGUUCCCCCUGGAGCGUGGUGGAAGCCUCUGUGAAGACAGGCCCCAACACCCGCUCUCUCCAGUCCCUGUGCUGGCAUGUGGCUGGGCUGGCCCCCCUCAACAGCACCAGACAGAAGUUUCAUGCCUUUAUCCUCGGCCUUUUGAACAUUAAGCAGCUGGAGCUGUGGAUCUCUCACCUGCAGAAGAGCCCAGGUGUGAUCUCCGUGCUGUAUUCACCCACGGCCUUCUUUGCCCUGAGCCAGGGCCCUCUUCCCCACCUCGCCGAUGAACUGCUGCUGCUCAUCCAGCCCCUCUCAGUGCUGACUUUCCACCUUGACCUGCUCUUUGAACACCACCACCUCUCCGUGGAUGUAAGACCCUUGUCCCGUCGGCUGGAGUCCCCCCUGUCUCCUGCCCAUCACCCUGCUCAGGCUCAGGGGGCUGUGCAGCCUUCUCUGGAGGGCCGAAGCAGCGCUGCGGGGGCGAGCCUGGAAGACGAGAUCCCCCCCGAUGCUCUGGGGAGGGCAGCCGGUGCGGAGGGCAGCACGAGGUCCCAGUCCCCAGCAGCUGUGCGCGGGCUGGUCCCUGGCUCCCAGGUGGGGGCUGCCCUGCAGCAGACCUUCCAGCAUGUGCUGCGCUGGGGUGACCAGCUCGGUCGCACUUUCCUGGGAGCGGAGAGCUCCCCGGAGCCCCACAGGCCCGAGGCAGGCCCUCAGGACGCCGGGGCUGGCUUCAGUGGCUGGUGGGGCCAGCUGAGCCAGGCCUCCAGGGUUUACGUCGCUCCUAGCAAGGAGAAGUUCCCCUUCGUCUGGUGGACAAAGCUGCGGACGGCUGCGGGGGAUUCCAGCCCCGGCCAGGCUGCGCGACCGCAGACAUCUGUGAAUGAGCCUGGAGGCACAGAGCUGCAGCUCCUUCAGACCAAAGCUGUCCCUGAACUCCCCAGUCCAAAGCCCAGCAGCGGCGCUGACACCUCUGGGACCUCUUCCCCUGAAGACCUCCUCCUGCCUGCUGGAGCUGGAGCACCCACUGAGCCAGAGGAUCCUGCUGCCGGAGAGAAGAAGCUCCUGGCUGUUUCCCCAGAGCCUCGUGCGAAUAGGAACCGGGCAGCACCUUCUGACCCAGAGCCCGUGUCCCAAGUGCUGCUGCUGUCGCGUUGCCUCAGUCCUUUAGGGCACCGGGAGCUCAUGGUGGAGGCUCGGAGACCUUCGAGCUGGCUGUCCCCCAGCGCCCGUGUCCUGGCCGUGGUGGUGAAGGGGCUGCCAGCUGAGAAGGGCCGCGCUCAAGAACGGCCGGUGGGAAACAGGUCCGACUCGCCCCAGCCCCACAG